AUGAAAUUGAUGUUUCUUUACAAAACUGAUGUUAUACAAUGCGCAGUUCCAAUCGACAUUGACACAGAGAAACCCGGGAAAACAGUGCGUCCAAUAUUUAUGUUUAUCCCGUAUAAGAAACCGUUAUUAUCCAGGAAAUACUAUGUCAACGAUCCAAGAUAUGAGAGAGAAGAUAUACAUAAUUAUCAAAAAGUAAAAGUACAGGACAGUGAUUACAUUGAUUAUUUAGAUUUUCCGUUUGUAAGAGCACAAUCGAAGCAUCACCCUCCCAGUGUGGGGCAUGGGGCAGACAUAUUUUUUGGUCAAGCUAAGGUUGCAAAGAAAAUCUUUGGUCAUUUAAUGAAUGAUGAUGUUAUGGAGGCACUUAAGAGGUGGCAAUAUGACAAUCGGGGGAAGACUAAGGUUUUGAUGUAG